AUGGAUCAUAAAGCAUCGCAUCGUCAGAGCAGAGCACCGUGGCUGACGUCGGCCAAGGCGCAGAAGAGCAGUAAUCCAUAUGCCAACGCCAACACAUCGGUGUUAUCACCCAAUGAUAUGAAGGUUAGAAACCGGGCCAAUACUGGGGGUGGGUUGAAGGUGCCUAAUCCGUACGGAGCAGGGUCGAACGUACAGAACAGGAAGAACUCCAGAAGAUUGAGUAUCCAUGCUAUGGCUAUGCAAAAUGGGAAGAGUGGAGCACCACCGUUUGAUUUGCAAAAUCUACCUCCGGUACCUAGUUUGAAUAAGACUGUUACUCAGAACUCGGAUAAUGCGCUGAUUGCUGAAAGCAUCCAGGAAGAGCGUGGAGAGUUUGAUGAGAUUGAGGCCACCAUCUUGAAUAAGUUGUCUAACGGGACCGCUGGUGAGAUCGAUGAUCAUUAUAAAUUUUUGGUUAAGAAAAAGGCGCUUGUGACCAGGGACAUUAAGGAAAACAUUAACGAAAAUCAAAAGAACAUCUUAGAGCUUACUCAUGAUUUGAAGUCAACUCAAGAAGAGUUGAUGAAACUAAGAGUAACUACUAAAGACUUGUAUGAGGUGUUCAACGAGUUUAGGGAGUCUGCUAGAAGACGUCUUGACUUGGAACUCGAACCACAAAAUAAUAGUGCAAAUACUAGUUAUGAAAAUGCCCCGAGCUCACUCAAAAUACCCAAAAAGAGAAAAGAUCGGUCUUCUGUUCUUGUUUUACAGAAAAUGUGGGCAACUGAACUCCAGUCUUUGUUUAAACAUGUUGAAGGGGCGUCGAAGUUCAUCCAAGCCAUACCGGGGAGACAUGUUCUUGCUGAGAGUGGUAGGUGGCUAGAAGUGAAUGUAGGGACUUGGAAAACAACUAAAGCCACCCAUCUUUUCAUUUUGAAUGAUUUGAUGUUGAUUGCUACUAAAAAAAGCUCAUCAGGUCAAGAUAGUGGAACUAGUGGUAAGAAACUUCAAGCUAUACUUUGCUGGCCAUUGCAAGAGAUCAAGUUAUCUGAAAUUCAAGUUCCUCAACCAGUAAAUUCCGGUAAAGAAGAAAAUAAAGCUUAUGCCAUUAAUGUUAGAUCCAAAUCCUUGAGCUAUGUUUAUAGAACUGAUAGAUAUGAUCAUUUUUUGAAAAUAAUGGAUGCUUAUACUAAAGGCAGUAAUGAAAUUCUACAAAAAAAUCGUUUAUUGGAUGCUCGCAAAUCUAUAAAUCAAUCAACUGAUGGAUCUGAAACAACAGAUGAGAAAAGACAACUUCGAGAAUCACUUCGUGGAUCUGGGUUUAUGGAACUGUCAAAUAUAGAUGAUAGUUCCCAAACAAGAACAAAUAGUAUAAAAAGACAAAGUGCAGAUAUUUUACUUCAAGAUAUUUCAGCUCGUGUUCAUUCGAGAAAUAGAUCUCAUGAUUUUGGCAAAGGAUUCAAUCCAAAUACUGCCACUGGUGAUAAAAGUAAAUUUUUCAUUGAUUUGAAAAGUAUCGAAGAUAAACUUGAUGAAGUAGAUGUUCAUAUAGCUCAUAAUAAAUUUUAUGAGUCAGUAGGUUUGAUUAAUCAUAUAGAGGGGAAACUCAAUUCUAUAGAGUCUUCGAUUAGCCGUGGUAAAAAUAAUGGUAUCGAAGAAGAAAUAAAACUAUUGAUUGAUGUUAUUAAAUUAAAAAUCGGUAACAGGAAACUCAAGGUUCAACAAUAUCUUAAUUUUGAUUUACAACAGAAUAUCGCAAAACUCAGUAAUGGUGAAAUUUCUCAAAUAAUCGAGUUUUAUCAAAAUUUUGAUCAAUUAGAUGAAGGAAUAUCUUCUUACUUACAAGCUAUGUCUUCAUAUUUGUCAAGUACUAUUGCCAAAUUGGUCGUUGGAGUUCAAGGCUCUACUCGUAUUGAUAUUGUCAAUUAUUUAUCUAAUUUGGUUAUUAUCCAUGUGUCGAUCAUCAAAAGAGCUAUAACGGUGUAUAACCAGUGUAUCAAACCAAUCAUCAAGCGCCAUAAACAACAGGACGUUGAUUCCAGUGGUUUUAUAAGUUGGUGCAUUGAUGAAGUAGCCAAAUUGGUUCUGUCAGUCAAAAAACAUUUAUAUGGUACUCUUAUAACUGUUACCAGUGACCCUGAAUCAGAUGAAAAAAUCUACAAAAUAAAGGAUCCUCAAUAUUUCCAGGAAUUCCUCGAUGUUAUUAGACCCCAAUUAAACGAUUUAAAGAGCGUUGGUGUCAACGUUGACUUUUUAUUUGAUGAUAUUCUUUCGUUACAGGAAUAA